AAUAGAAUAAUUUUGGGAGUGAGCUGUUAUUGUCUGUACUUUGUGCGACUGCCGCUAAUAAAAAGUGAAGAAGCACAGAUGCAAAGUUGAACAAGAAGAAAUUCAAAUAUUUUCUCAGAAAAAAAAAUGGAGAAUCAUAAGGAAAAUGGCCACCAUCUUCAUCCUCUUCAUGUUGUUAUGUUUCCAUUCUUUGCAUUUGGUCAUAUCAGUCCAUUUGUGCAGCUCUCCAACAAGCUGUCCUCCCAUGGAGUCAAGAUUUCCUUCUUCUCCGCCGCCGGGAACGUCCCCCGGAUCAAACCCAUGCUGGCUUCGGAGAUCCAGAUUCAUUCCCUGACUCUGCCCCCCGUCGACGGCCUUCCUCCGGGGUCGGAGAGCACGUCCGACUUGUCUCCGGCCACCGCCGAGCUUCUCAAGGUGGCGCUCGACCUCUUGAAGCCGCAGGUGAAGGGACUCUUCUUUCGACUCAGGCCACAUUUCGUGGUGUUCGAUUUCGCCCAGGAUUGGCUUCCGCCGCUGGCGGCGGAGCUGGGGAUUAAAACCCUGUUUUACUCUGUUUUCAUCGCUCUCGCCACCGCGUUCGCCACCGUCCCCGCCAGGCUCCCGGAGGCCGGGAAAUCUCCAUCCCUCGACGAAAUGAAGAAUCCCCCGCCGGGUUUCCCCGAAACUUCCGUCACCUCUCUCCGGGACUUCGAAGCUCGAGACUUUCUCUACAUCUUCAAAAGCUUCCAUGGGAGUUCCUCUGUUUACGAUCGCGUCCUCGCCGGACUCAAUGGCUGCUCCGCAAUUCUAGCGAAAACGUGCUACGAAAUGGAAGGUCCUUACAUAGAUUACGUGAAAUCCCAAUUCAAGAAACCCAUCCUCCUCGCCGGUCCGGUAGUCCCGGUGCCGGCCACCGGGAAAUUGGAGGAGAAAUGGGAGAAAUUUCUGUCCCAAUUCGAACCCAAAACCGUAAUCUUUUGUUCCUUCGGGAGCGAAACGUUCUUGAAAAACGAUCAGAUCAAAGAACUCGCUCUCGGCCUGGAACUCACCAGGCUCCCAUUCCUUCUGGUCCUCAACUUCCCGGAGUCCGGCGACGACAAGUCGCCAGAGAUGAACAGAGCACUGCCGGAGGGAUUUGCAGAGAGGGUGAAGGGAAGGGGGGCCAUCCAUUCAGGGUGGGUGCAGCAGCGGCAGAUUCUAGCCCACCGGAGCGUGGGAUGCCACGUCAGCCACGCCGGGUUCAGCUCGGUGAUCGAAGCAAUGGCGAAUGACUGCCAGCUGGUAAUGAUUCCGCAGAAAGGGGAUCAGUUCUUGAACGCCAAGCUCGUGGCGGCGGACAUGGCGGCGGGGGUGGAGGUGAAUAGGAGAGAAGAGGAUGGGUAUUUUGGGAAAGAGGAUGUUGAGGAAGCUGUUUUGGGUGCGAUGGGGGCAAAAGGGUCAUUGAUCAGGGCAAACCACAAGAAGUGGAGGGAGUUUUUGCUUGAUAGAGAGAUUCAGAGCAAAUUUAUCAAGGAUCUGGUUCAUGAGAUGAGGGCAAUGGUUGCCCUCAAUUAAGGGGUGUUUGGUUUGAGGCAAGGCCAAUUGGGGGUAUUUUAGGAAAUUCAAAUUUGAAUUCUCAAGCAAAUUGUUGUGAUUGGUUGAAUUUGUUUGUUACUCUGUUCUUCCUGCUAGUGUUAAGAAGUAAUCUUAAUUGCGAAUAACAUUGAAAAAAUUCUAUGCAAGAAAACUUAUGAACAAUG